CCCUGUCCCCCUACAGCAGACGCAAUGUUGUGCCGAUCACUUUGGCCGCUGUGGCCUCGAUCUAUCGGCCGCCUGUCGAGCCGAACAAAUCACCGACAGCUACCGCAUGUCUCGCCUUCGCUAUAUUCCCGUUCGUUGAGCACAACCAGUCGAUACAAGGCAUUCCACGCCCAGCAGUCGACCAUUCCUUCCUUCACCACCCCUUCCUCCGAGAAACAGUCACCACAGACCUUGACGGAAAAGAUUAUACAACGCUAUGCCGUCGGUCUACCGGAGGGGAAGGUCGUCCGGAGCGGCGACUAUAUCAGCAUCUCUCCCUGGCGCAUCAUGUCGCACGACAACAGCGCCGCCAUCAUCAACAAGUUUCUAUCCAUUGGGGCAACCCAAAUCCGGGAUCCUGAUCAGGUCAUCAUGGCCUUGGACCACGAUGUCCAAAACAAGAGCGAAGCGAAUCUGAAGAAAUAUGAACGGAUCAGGGAGUUUGCUACAUUGCAAGGUGUCCGAAACUACCCUGCCGGACGCGGAAUUGGCCAUCAGAUCAUGAUCGAGCAGGGCCACGCUUGGCCGGGUACACUCACGGUGGGGUCGGAUUCGCACUCGACGAUUUACUCGGGCAUUGGAGCCGUCGGCCUUGCCGUGGUCCGUACCGACGCCGCCAGCAUAUGGGCGACCGGAAAGACCUGGUUCCAGGUCCCUCCCGUGGCCAGGGUGAACCUCACCGGCGUCUUACCCCCGGGCGUCACCGGCAAGGACGUCAUCGUUGCGCUCUGCGGUCUGUUCAACCAGGACGAAGUGUUGAACCACGCCAUCGAAUUCACUGGCUCUGAGCAGACCAUGGCUAGCCUACCCGUCGAUGACCGUCUGGCCAUCGCCAACAUGACUACGGAAUGGGGCGCAUUGACCGGACUCUUCCCCAUCGACUCGACCUUGGAGAAAUGGCUGCGCGCCAAGGCCACGGCGUCCGCCGUCAUGGGGGAUGGCGUCUCUACCAACGAGUUCACCCACGAGAGGAUUGACCAACUUAUGCAAGACCGGCCGACCGCCGACCCCGGCGCCCCAUACGCCAAGUCGCUGUACUUGAACCUCUCCACACUGUCGCCUUUCGUCGCGGGGCCGAAUUCCGUCAAGGUGGCGACGCCUCUCCGCGACUUGGAAGCCCAGGAUAUCAAGGUCGACAAGGCCUACCUGGUCAGCUGCACCAACGGCAGAGCGUCGGACUUCCAAGCAGCGGCGCGAGUGUUCCGCGAGGCUGCUGAAAAGGGCCUCGAACCCAAAAUAGCGCCUGGCGUCAAGUUCUACAUGGCAGCCGCUUCUCUGGUCGAACAACACGCCAUGGAAGAGUCCGGGGAUUGGCAAGUCCUUCUCGACGCUGGGGCCGAGCCGCUUCCUUCCGGCUGCGGCCCUUGUAUCGGCCUGGGCACUGGCUUGCUCGAGCCGAACGAGGUGGGCAUUUCCGCGAGUAACCGAAACUUCAAGGGACGCAUGGGUUCGACCGCCGCCAAGGCCUACCUGGCGAGCCCGGAAGUCGUCGCCGCCAGCGCUCUGCACGGUAAGAUCGCCGGUCCUGGCUGGUACCAGAAGCCGGAGGGCGUGGAGAAGCCCAUUAUCGGCGAGGGUACCGGCCUGCUCGAGCAAGACAAGGCGCUGAGCAUCGAAGACGCCUUGGAGAAGAUCAUCGCCGAAGCCGACAGCAUCAUUUCGGGCGCUGAGCAAAACGAAGCUGGAGUCGAGGCCGCCGAAGCAGGGGAGGAGGAGGAGGCCCUGACCGACAUCCUGCCUGGCUUCCCGGAAAAGAUUGAGGGAGAGAUCGUCUUCUGCGAUGCCGACAACAUCAACACGGACGGCAUCUACCCUGGCAAAUACACAUACCAGGAGAACAUCAGCCCGGAGAAGAUGGCCGAGGUGGUCAUGGAGAAUUUCGACACCAAGUUCGUCGACGUCGUCAAGACGGGCGAUAUCCUGGUGGCCGGAUACAACUUUGGAUGCGGCAGCUCCCGCGAACAGGCCGCCACCGCCAUCCUGGCCAAGAAGAUCCCGCUUGUCGUCUCGGGCAGCUUUGGGAACAUCUUCAGCCGGAACAGCGUCAACAACGCCCUGAUGCUCGUGGAGGUCCCGCGCCUCGUGCAGCGACUACGGGAGACGUUCAAGGUUUCCCAGGGUGAAGAGAAGGUGUUGACGCGUCGCACGGGUUGGAAGUUCGCGUGGGACUUGAGGAGGAGUAAGGUCACCGUCACCGAGGGAGAGGGCGGGAAGACCUGGAGUCAAAAAGUUGGCGAGCUGCCGCCUAAUGUACAGGAGAUCAUUGCCAGGGGCGGACUGGAGAGCUGGGUGAAGCAAGAGAUUUCGUCUGCGUAGAGCAGCAUGUAGAAUAAAAGAGCAUUGUUUGAUCUACUUUUUUUUCUUAUUUCUUCGCAUCUUGUCCCGAUAUUCUUCAAUUCUUGCAUGGUUGCAAGACAGGGACAUUGAGGCUGGAUGGCCGAGUAUUCAGCAGACGAUGCACGUCGGACAAGAAGUCACUUUUACCCCUGGGCAUCGCGUCGUCGCCGACGACGCGAUGUUCACAUAUUUCCGAUUAC